AUGAGUACUGGCAAGGGAAAUAGAUCUAGCUUGAAGGAAUUCUUAGCAUCAAUCGCAGUCAUCAAAGGUGACCUCUCAAACAUCACCGCCCCGCCUUUCGUCCUCGCAACUCAAUCAACGGUCGAGUUCCCAUCAUACUGGGCCUCUCAUCCUGAACAGUUCCUGGCACCGGCAUCAGAGCCUGACCCUGCCAAACGCGCGCUCUUGGUGCUACGUUGGUUUCUAACGAGCCUUAAGAAUCAGCAAUACGGCGGACGGGCUGAAAAUGAAGGUGUCAAGAAACCAUUGAACGCCUUCCUAGGCGAGCUGUUUCUCGCGCAAGGAGAAGAUGGCACAAGAUUGAUAGCGGAGCAAGUCUCGCAUCAUCCGCCGGUGACGGCAUGCUAUUUAUGGAAUGAUCAGGCUGGUAUCAGGGCGGAAGGCUACGCAUGCCAGGAGAUCAGCUUCAAUGGGAGCGUGAACGUCAAGCAAAUUGGCCAUGCGAUCCUCCAUCUCGAUGCGUACAAGGAGGAUUACCUGAUUCCUCUUGCGGAUGUCAAGAUCAAGGGUAUAUUGAGUGGCACCACAUAUCCGGAACUGGAUGGAGAAUAUCAUAUCAUGUCAUCCACGGGAUUCGUUGUGCAUGCCACACUGUUCAAGCAGGAACCGACCGGAGACAAGAAGCAUCCUCUCUUCACGAUUUCGGGGCAGUGGAAUGACGAGGUAACUAUUUACGAAGGCGGAGACGAUGGUCGGGUAAUCGAGACUAUCAAUGUGCCUGCAAUAAAGUCGCUCCCUAUGAAAGUUGAAGACUUGGAGCAGCAAGACGAAUGGGAAUCGCGCAAAGCGUGGGCAGGUGUCAUUGCUGCAUUGAACAACGGCGAUAUGCAAAGAACAGUUGACGAAAAGUCCAAGGUCGAGGAAGCGCAGAGACAAAUGAGAAAGCGUGAGGAGGAAAAAGGUGUGAAGUGGGAGCCCUUGUUUUUCUCGAGACUACAGACGACGAGAGAUCCGAUACUUGAGGACUUGGCCACAGAGCCCAUGAAAGAUGGUCUGUUUUCCUCGCAAUCUGGAAUGUGGAAGUUCAAUCACGAGAAAUUGAGGAAGGGUAUCGAAAAGCCGUUUCAUGGAUCAUUAAAACCGAAUGUUGGACAACUUCAAUGA